AUGCCUCAAGCUCCACCUCAAGCAACGUUACAACCACCAAUUUCUCAAGAGAAAACAAAUGAAUUACAAGCUGCAUUGUUGACCUUGACCAACACUCUAACUCAUUUCAUGAUAGAAACUAGAGCAUCCAUCAGAAAUCUAGAGAGUCAAGUUGGUCAAUUGGCACGUAUGUUUAAUAACCGACCACAAGGAACUUUUCCUAGUAAUACUAUAAUGAAUCCAAAAGAGCAAUGCAAUGCAAUAUCCUUGAGAAGUGGUAAGGAAUUAGAAGAGCCAGACAAGAAGUCUAUUCUGUUACCGAAAGUGGUUGAUGAGAAGAAGGGUAAAGUAGAAGAAGUGAGGCUGCAAAAGAGGACACUUGAUAAGCUAUUUUCCAAGGUUUUAGAUGUUAUUGGAAAGCUUCACAUCAACAUUCCCUUUGCUGAGGCACUUGAAAAAAUUUCAAGUUAUAUGAAUUUUAUGAAGGAAAUCUUGUCAAAGAAAAGGAAAUUGGAGGACUAUGAGACAAUGGCCAUUACUAAAGAGUGCAGCACAAUAAUCCAAAAGAAACUACCUCCCAAGCUGAAAGAUUUGAGUAGUUUCAUCAUUCCUUGUACUAUAGGGAAUGUGGUUUUUGAGAAAGCACUCUGUGAUUUAGGUAUAAGUGUGAAUCUGAUGCCUCUAUCUAUCUAUCAAAAACUAAAAUUGGGGGAAGCAAGACCAACUACUAUUAUACUUCAAAUGGUAGAUCGCUCAGUCAAACAUCCUAGGGGUAUUAUUGAGGAUGUUCUAGUAAAGGUGGACAAAUUCAUCUUCCAUGCAGAUUUCAUUAUUCUGGACAUCGAAGAAGAUACUAACAUCCCAAUUAUUCUUGGAAGACCAUUUUUAGCUACUGGUAGGGCAUUAAUCGAUGUACAAAAGGGUGAGUUGAAGCAGUGA